CCCACGCCCGCGGUCCCGAGCGCCGCCUCCCCAGCCCGCGCCGCCGCGAUGGCGGAGGACAGCGAGUCUGCGGCCAGCCAGCAGAGCCUGGAGCUGGACGACCAGGACACGUGCGGGAUAGACGGGGACAAUGAGGAGGAGACGGAGCACGCCAAAGGAAGUCCUGGAGGAGAUUUGGGUGCCAAAAAGAAAAAGAAGAAACAGAAGAGAAAGAAAGAGAAACCGAACUCCGGAGGCACCAAGUCAGACUCGGCCUCUGAUUCCCAGGAGAUUAAAAUCCAGCAGCCUUCCAAAAAUCCCACCAUCCCGAUGCAGAAGUUGCAGGACAUCCAGAGAGCCAUGGAGCUGUUGUCCGUGUGCCAGGGCCCUGCCAGGAGCAUCGAUGAAGCUGCCAAACACAGAUACCAGUUUUGGGACACACAGCCGGUGCCCAAACUAAAUGAAGUCAUAACCUCUCACGGGGCGAUUGAAGCAGACAAAGACAACGUGCGUCAGGAGCCCUACUCCCUGCCGCAGGGUUUUAUGUGGGACACCCUGGACUUGGGUAAUGCCGACGUGCUCAAGGAGCUGUACACACUGUUAAAUGAGAAUUACGUGGAAGAUGAGGAGAGCGUGUUCCGGUUUGACUACUCGCCCGAGUUCCUGCUGUGGGCCCUGCGUCCCCCCGGCUGGCUCCUGCAGUGGCACUGUGGGGUCCGAGUGUCUUCGAACAAAAAACUAGUAGGGUUCAUAAGUGCCAUUCCAGCAAACAUUCGGAUUUAUGACAGUGUGAAGAAGAUGGUAGAAAUCAACUUUCUUUGUGUACAUAAGAAAUUGAGAUCAAAACGGGUAGCCCCAGUGUUAAUUCGAGAAAUAACCAGAAGAGUGAACCUGGAAGGGAUUUUUCAGGCCGUCUAUACAGCUGGAGUGGUUCUUCCUAAGCCGGUGGCCACCUGCAGAUACUGGCAUCGAUCGCUAAACCCCAGAAAACUGGUAGAAGUGAAGUUUUCUCACUUGAGUAGAAAUAUGACUUUACAGAGAACAAUGAAGCUCUACAGACUUCCAGAUGCUACCAAGACUUCAGGCCUGAGACCGAUGGAACCCAGAGAUAUCCGGGCCGUGCGAGACUUGACCAACACUUACCUGAAGCAGUUUCAUCUUGCCCCGGUGAUGGAUGAAGAGGAAGUAGCUCACUGGUUCCUCCCGCAGGAGCACAUUAUUGACACGUUUGUAGUGGAGAACUCCAGUGGUAAACUAACUGACUUCCUGAGCUUCUACACACUCCCCUCCACAGUCACGCACCACCCUGCGCACAAGAGCCUCAAGGCCGCCUACUCCUUCUACAACAUUCACACGGAGACGCCCCUGCUGGACCUCAUGAGCGAUGCACUCAUUAUAGCCAAAUUGAAAGGAUUUGAUGUAUUCAAUGCACUAGAUUUGAUGGAAAAUAAGACCUUCUUGGAAAAACUCAAAUUUGGCAUAGGAGAUGGCAAUUUGCAGUAUUACCUGUACAACUGGAGAUGUCCAGGAACAGAGUCUGAAAAGGUUGGACUAGUAUUACAAUAGCUGGAUAUUUCUAUUUCUAGAACUCUGACAUCAUCAUUUGUUAAUAUUCUAUUUAAUGAUUCCUGGAACUGCCAUUCCAAAGAAGAAUAAAAGCACAACUUAAAUGAAAUCGAUGUAGUCGGUAACAAUCAGAAAAAAUGAAAAAAACCCCAUAUGUGACCAAUAGUACAUAUUUCUAGCUAGAAUGUUAACAUUCUUUUUUCUCACUGUUUACCCAUUUGUAGGAGGGAUGAAAGGGCACAGAGAGCACAUUCCUCUAAUUUUCAGACUUUGGGCUGUCUCUUUGAUGAAGAGAAGGUAUUUUUCCACUCUGUAGAAAAGGGACUGUUUUUCUAUGAACUGAAGAGAAGUCACAGAAUUGUGUAAGAACAUCUUGGCUGUUGUGUGGAGAUAAACUGCAGCAUUUCUAUUUAUUAAGUGUUGGUUUGUUUGUCCGUAUAACAGAAUGAAGGACCCAUGUGGAAAACAUGAGCCUUCGUCCCCUUACACGGAGUCACGGGGAGCGUUUAGGGAAUGAGCACGUCCGUAACUCAGUGACGAGUGGGUGCAUGUUGACGUAUAGAGGGAGAUAAAAAUGUACCGGGGACUAGGAGGUACAUUUAUUUCUCCAGAAGCAGAGUUGCCAAAUAAAUAAACACACACAUCUGUACUUUGAUCUCUAGCAGGUCAGUGGAUUGGUUCAAAAGCAAAUCAAAAGCAGAGUUUUGUGCAAACAUUGUUCAGAGUCUACACCUGUGACUGCAUAGACUUCGCUGCCACCACAUAAACUCGGGUCUUCUCAGCGGCAGCAAGCAAUGUCAGGCAAAGAAAAUAAAAGCUCUAAUGUCAAAAGAAAUGCUCAGUGGAAUUUAUUAGUGCUAUCAGGACUUGAAUGUUUUUAUUACUUAAUGCAGAAUUGCACAUACUCCUUUAUGCUGACUUUAAUUUAUCAUGAAAGCUGUCAUGCUAAUGUAAAAUGUCUUAUAUGUAAAUAAGUAUUCAUAAUUUUGUUACUGAUGGUGUUUUUAUCUAGAAUUUGGAAACCCGGUUUUCGCAGUGUACAUAUAUGUGUAUAUAUUACCUGUAGUCUAAGGGGGAAGAAUAUGCCAAAUGAGGCCACGGAGAACUGGCCUUAACUCCUAUUACACAGAAUAGAUACUUCUUCCUGCCUUUACUAUACCAGUGCCUAGGCUCUUCAGUCCAGAAAAAUUUAAUUUUAGAUAACAUGACAGCCUUUCCUUUAUGUUCUAAGUGGUCAAAUGAAACCGGUCAUAUCUCACAUCAGGUAGGAGCUAGCAAACGAUGGCCCAUGAGCUAAGAAUGGUUUUACAUUUUUGAAUGGUUGUUUGCGGGGGGUACGGGGAGGGGAGAAUCAAAGGAAUAACAUUUUGUGACGUGAAAAAUGUAGGACAUUCAAAUUUCAGCAUCCAUAACAUUUUAUUGGAACACAGUCACACUCACUUGCUUCUGUCUCCUGUGGCUGCUGCAUGCUGCGAAGGCAGAGUUGAGUCAUUCUGACGGAACUGUAUGGUUCACAAGGCUAAAACAUUUACCUUCUGGCCCUUUCCGGGGUGGGGGGGGGAUUUGUUGACCCUGACUUACACUAGAGCUGAAAGCCACUCUAUACACCUUCCUACCAUCAUCCUAAAGACAAACCCACAGUUGUGACUACCACUAGAGGGCAUUCGGGGACUACACAGUAGCGCGGAAUUCAGACAGCAGCGUUUAUACCUCUCUGAAGAUCCAGAGAAGACUUCUCAUAUCGGACGGUUCGGACUCCACUGCAUUACCAUUCUUUCGUAAAAGAAGGAAGGUAGCUUCGGAAGCAAAACUGAACCAGUCCACCAAAACACCAAGAAUUAAGUAAAAGGGAUUUUAAUCUGGAGUCAAGGCUCUAGUGGGGAAUUGUGUUCCACUCAUUUUUAAGGCACAAUCUUAAUGAUGAUGUAGGUUUUCAGAUGAUUGCAGAACUGCCAGUCAGUAUAUCACAAGCUCUCCUUGUGAUAAAACUGUGGCACUUUAUUUGUUUACGGAAUUCAGAUGCUUUUACUCAUUUUUAAUACAGCAAUUAAUAGCAUAUUUUCCUUUAUAUGGCCUCGUCAUAAUUUAGAGAGACUACCAGUGAACAUUUCAAAAUUGAAAAAUGAUAAAACUGCUUGUGUUUAUAGUUAUUAGGAUUAAAUUUCACUGCAAUAUACAGUGUUUUACAGAUUGAAAAAAGCGUUGUCCUUCAUCUUUGUCAACAGUGGAAAUGCUCUAUUCCAUGAGAUAUCUUUCCCUUCCCUCCCCCUUUUUUCAGCCAGGAUGGCAUUUAGCAAAAUUUAAAUGAACAGAGGUGGCAUAAUCCAAGAGUCAGCCAGAAUUUAGGCUGAAAGUAGACUUUAGCAGUCCAGUACCUUCCUAAAUAACAAAAGGACCUUUUCCAAACACAUACUGCAAAUAGCAGACACUUUAAUGACACUCCAUUUCCUAACAUGAAGAACCCCAGUCAUUGCACAAACCCAUCUCUGAGACCUCAGGCUCCUCAUUUUAUUUUUUAAUUCUACGUUUGACCUAAUUAUCAGCAUACUUUUUACCAUGUUAAAUUUCCAAGGAAAUAAGUUAACCAUGUUAAGGGAUGAAUUUCAACCAUUCAGAAU